AUCCUCAAGUCAACUACGUUUAUGUCUAUAUAUCUCGUCCAUCCGCUCUUCCCCCCACACAACACUAAAAGCAACACAAGUUGAAAAGUUAAACAAUGGCGGCCACCACCACCACAAACGCCCUAAUUCGCACGACAGCAUUAAUAAUUCUCUUGCUAACCCUCACGUCCCCGUCUCCUUCCCACGCCACCACCACCCGCCACAACAGAUCCCCUCCGAUAAUCAAAGGCAUCUACUACCCGUCAUGGGCCCGCUGGAGCCUCCCUCCUUCCUCCAUCGACACCACCCUCUUCACCCACAUCUUCUACGCCUUCCUCACCCCAAACCCCCUCACCUUCGAGUUCGACAACAUCCCCCAAGCCGACGCCCUCUUCAUCACCAACUUCACCUCCCACCUCCGCUCCCGCAACGUCAAGACCCUAUUCUCCGUCGGCGGCGCAGCCGAGGGCCCCUCCCUCUUCUCCCGUAUGGCCUCGUCGCCCUCCUCCCGUGCCGCCUUCAUCCGCUCCAGCAUACGAACCGCACGAGCGCUCGGUUUUCACGGGAUCGACCUCGACUGGGAGUUCCCUCAGAACUCCGCCGACAUGGAAAACUUGUCGACACUGCUCGACGAGUGGCGCGCGGCCGUCCGCGCUGAGGCCGCGCGGACGGGCCCCGCGCCGCUCCUCCUGACGGCGGCCGUGUACUACGCUGCGGACGGGUUUCUGUCGGGGGCGCCGCGCGUGUACCCGGCGAGGUCGGUGGCUCGGAAUCUGGACUUUGUGAACGUGAUGUGCUACGACUAUAGGGGCGGGUGGGACACGAGCACCACGGGGGCGCACGCGGCGCUGUUCGAUCCGCGGAGCAACGUGAGCACGAGCCGAGGGCUGGGGUCGUGGGUGAGGGCGGGUGUGCCGAGGGGCAAGGUGGUGAUGGGGAUGCCGUUGUACGGGAGGACGUGGAGGUUGAGGGACGCGGCGGUGGCUAGUGGGGUAGGGGCGCCGGCGGUGGGGGUGGGGCCGGGCGAAGGAGUGCUGAGGUAUGCGGAGAUAGUGGUGUUUAAUAGGGAGCGAAGGGCGAGGGUUGUGUAUGAUCGGGAGACGGUGUCGGUUUAUUCGGUGGCGGGGAGUGAUUGGGUUGGGUAUGAUGAUGUGAGGUCUGUGCGUGUGAAAGUGGGCUACGCGCGGGGGAUGGGGCUGGGCGGCUACUUCUUUUGGGCGGCUAAUGGUGAUUACAACUGGACAAUUUCACGGGCAGUACUCAGCUUCGCGAUUAUGGUCUUCCUAAGAGCAACAACUAUGACGACUGGCUUGAAGAAUGAUAUGGUUUUGAGAUCAAACUCCUCCACCUGAGGUUUAAUAUAUGCAGAAUUGAUAAUAUUAUUGGCCGCCCAAUCGUUUACUUCAAUUAUUUUCUUCCCAUUUUCGUAUGUAAGCACCACGUCUUUUAUUUUGUUAAAUAUCAUUUCAAUAGUUACUAGAAAUUUAUUCGCGGACCAUUUUGAGACAAUUCGAGAUUGAUAUGUGUCAAUAUGUGAAAUUAUUGAAUUACUCUUUUAAUUUUUUUGGGGGGUCUUUUUUCGCCAAAGAUGUCGUUUCUCGUUUGGUUUUUUUUUAGGUAAUACCACAAAAUAAUAAAAAAAAAAAAAUUGCCACUUUAUACCAAAGAAUGAAAUCUAGUUAUUUUGGUUUAGUAGUAAAGUGCACGUGUUAUGCAC